CGGGCCAGUCGAACUCUACCUGUCGUGCGGGCAACGUGGACGCGUAGGAGCUGCUGGCCGGGGCCGUUCGCCGCUGUCGGCGAGCAUCUCUGCUCUCUCCCUCCUCUUCCCCCCCUCUUGACGGAUACACACUGUGUGCGUGCUAGUGCUUAUACUGCUGGCCUUCCUCUGUGCUGACCACGGUCCGUGCGUGACCCCCGGGACCUCUUGUCCUGGACUGCCGCGCACGCGGGGACAGAACUCCCCGGACGAUCUCCAUCACCGUUUUGUGCGGAGAGGAACUUCCGGAAGUGUGUGCGCAUCAAUCUGUGAUUCGCCUCCUCCGAAGAAGGAUUCUAAGUGGGCUUGUCCCGAGGCUGUGUCACUGCAAGGGCCAGGUUUCCCCAGCCCAGCUGACGGCCUCCGUCGUCGCCGGCAUGCGUCCGCGGCCUCGGCUUGUCUGAGCCAUGUCCAAGAUGCGGCAGCCCAAGUACGGCACCCUGUCAGCGGUUCCCGUCGGCCUCUACGGCGACCCCCGUUGCUACGGCUCCGUGCGGGGCUGCUGCCGUCGGCCCGGCUGCACGUGCGGCCGCCGGCCCGAGAUCGACGAUGCGGCGCUCUACUAUCACGUGCUGGGCGCGUCGUCGCUGGGCGCUGCGUCCCUGGGCAGGGCCUCGCUCGGACGGGGCCAUGCGCCGAGGCGCCGGUCGGCCGCCAGCGUACACGGAGCAGCGGGCGGAAGCGCGGCGACCGACGUCUACCUAGCCGCGGCAGCUGCCACCGACCCUCUGCUCCGAAAGCUGAGCCGCAAGGACCGCUUCAGCUCCGUCUCCUCGCGUAGGUCCAUCCUCGAGUGCGACGUCACAGCGUACGAUCUCAUCAAGAAGUACCUGCGCACGCCAGCCGCGCAAGACAGCGACGACGACGACCUGAACAGCAAUGUGCUGCUGAAUGGAGCCAAGAAGAACGGCUCCCGUGCCGCGAUCGCCUCCGGGCAUCCUUCGCCGCGUCAAUCUCCGGUCAAGAAUGCCGCCGGGACGUCGUCGCGACCUCCGGCCAGCCUCGAACUCUGGCCCGAGGAACCGGACCCGGACUACGACGAGGACAGCGACGUGGGCUUGGAGAUGGGUCGCUUCAAGGACCUCAAGAUAUCCUACUCGCCGCCUCUCGUGCGCAAGGUGUCGGCGCCAGCGGCGCCCAAGACGCGCGCCGACGCCGCUGCAGCUUCUUCUUCCGCCUCCUCGUCGUCAACCACGCGACGCUCCCAGUCGUGUUCGCCGGUGCGACCUGCCACCGCCGCCGCCUCCUCCUCGAAAAGUCCGACGCUGAGCAGUCAGCCACGGAGCAUACUGAAGAAGAAGAAGGCACCAGAGAGGAAGUCACUCAAUGCCACGCACAGAGGCCGCGUGUCUCACGGGACCCACUCGAAGAAGGUCACCUUUCAAGAGGGCGGCGACUCAGUGGCCUCUCAAGCAUGGGAGGAGGAACCCUGGGAGAACCCGCACGAGACUUUAGCCGGAACAAAAAAGACGCGUCCGCGAAUCGAUGCUUCGUGGGACGUGGUGGCUGCUACCGCCUCGACCGGUCGCCAGACUGCGUACGUCAACGGAACGGCUAGGCGGCGCCACGGCACCGUCGUGCCUGCUUCGUCGGUGAAUGGUGCGACAGAAAGCGCGCAGUCUCGAAAGAACGAAGCCGCUUUGGCUCUCAAAGCCGAUUCCAAAUCUGAGUCCAGGGCCGAAGCCUACGGGGAGCGCAGGCUGCUGCCGAGGGAAGAGAAGAAGAAUGCGAAAGCCGAGCACAAGGUCGAACAGCAGUUCAACACCGAAGUUCGAGUGCGGGGGAAUCACAAGGUCGAAAUGAAGUCCCAUCCUCGCAUUGAUAUUAGAAUAGAGCACACAACUGAGAACCAAAGUCCAAAAAUUGGCCAGAAGGCAGCAGUGAUCCCCAUCAGUUCUACGGUGAGCUUUGAUUCAGAGCCAGAGAGGCAGUACCACCAGGUUAAUGGUUCCUUCAACGGCAAGGGUGGGGUAAGCGUUAAUUGUGAUGUGCAAGCAAGUCUGAGUAACCUCGGUACGAGCAUCAACAUUGUACCUUGCAGUGAACAAAAGGGCAUUUCUCUUGAAGUGAAUGGUAGUGAUAGCCCCUGCAGCAGCUACGAAGCUGAUGCGGACUACGAGGUUAUUUCCAGCUACAAUUCUGAGGACACUAAGCUCGCUGGACUCGAUGCCGGGAAGGUUGCUAUAGAACAAGAAACCAAAGUGGCCGAGCUUAAACCCAGCCGUCUCCAGGAAGGAAUCCUUCAGCAAGCAACCGGCAAUGAAGCAGAAGAAUGCAAGUUAUCACUCCAAGAGGAACCGAAGGAUGAAUGUCCGAAAGAUAUGCGCGAAGGCGGGGCAAUUCAUCUCCAGAAAGAUAUGACCAGUAGGAGCCCGGAGGUGCCACGAAGCCCGAAGCGCAUUUCACCUCCUCUGAGUCCCAGUCCCACUUCAAACCUUCGAAAUCCUUCAAGCGAGCAUUUUAACAGCCAAGUAGUUUCAAAUUCGGAUCCGCUCCAUGCAUGCAAGCCGGACGUUGCUGUCAGUUCGGAGACUAGUGAUGUUACAAUCAAAACGGACGCUGAGGCUAACAAAACCUUUCAACCUCAAGAACCACCAGUUCCCACGAAGGCCACAACUCUUACAGACGCUAGAACAGAGGAAACCGCACCACUAGUUAGUGAAUGUGAUAACUCUAAGCGCCAAGUUCUUCCUCUGCAGGAUGAGGAACAUGGAAUGGAGAAACGCACACCAGCUCAGGUUCCACGUGCUAAUGACGCUUCAAAAACCACGAGGCCCGAGUGUCCGGCGCGAAAGAAACACGAUCUGCAGAAAGGCGCCAAGAGUGAUAGUUCAAAGGACCCCAAGUCUCCUCCACCGCGAACGGGAAAGCCGAGCGCGCAGCGAAACGCAAACGCCAAGUCAAUGGACACGAGGAUUUACCAAAAGGUCGGCGUCAAAGUGCUGCCCACGGAAGCAGAGGCCAAUUCCGACGCGAAAUUGUCCUUGCCAAUGGAACAUCGGAUAUCCAGGCCGCUGUCGCCGCCCCCACCGAUACCCGCCUGCUCCACUUCCCCAAGAAGAGUGCCUGCCGACGAGUCCUUCGCCGAGGGCGACCCGAGCUCGGACCAGGCGGCCAGCAGCGGCACCGUGAUGGUGACCACGCAGACGAGCACGGGCACCCGGGUGCUGAUCAGCUCGCACGGCCGGCUCAGCGGCAGCUACCCGGUUCGCCGCAGCCCGGCCAAGCGCCGGCCUCGCAUGCGGCAUUCGGCGCCACAGCUGGACGGGGACUCGGCGCGGGCGCUGUUCGCCCCGCUCAGCCUGAUGCCGACCGCCGAGCGGCAGCGCCGGCCCACACCGACGAAGGAGAGCACGUCGACCUUUUACGUGUCGCUGAGCAGCAGCAGCAGCAGCGGCGAGCUCAAGAGCGAGGAGGAGUCGGACGUGCCCGUGGCGUGUCGCAGCUCCGAGGCCGAGGACGACGAAGAAGAGGAACCCGUGUACGCGGACACCCUGCCCACGGCGGUGUGCCCACCGACGCCCGACGGCCCCAUCUACGACGACUGCGAGCUGCCCCCGGAACCGUUGUACGAGGAGCUGCCCGAGCACCCGCCGCAGCCGCAGCACAGAGAAAAGAAGCUGCUAUCGUUCGAGAGCCCGCAGAAGUCGUUCUUUGAGGGAGCCUCAAAGGCAGAUAUUCUGGGGUACCUGGAGGACGCCAAGGAGCGAGGCCUCGAGAACCUGGUCGGGGACACCGUCUCCUUCGAGGCCCUGGCUGAGGAUGCCGCCCUCGACAAGAUCCCAACGGGCGCCGACGUGGAGCGCAACGACAGCGGCAUCGGGGGCGACCGGUACAGCGAGCCCCUGGACCCGCCAGCGGCCGGCAACAGCGAGGAGCAGCGCUGCGCCGACUGCGACCAGCAGGUAACCCUAGAAGAGGAGCUAGUCUGUCCCAAGUGCGAGAAGAAACGCACCGAACGUCGAGAGAUCAUCACCGAAAUCGUGCAGACCGAAAUCAAGUAUGGCCACGACUUGCGCAUCGUAAAGGAGGAGUUCUACAAGCCGAUUGAAACGGCGGGCCUUCUCACAAAACAGCAGCUGGAGGAGAUCUUUCUCAACUUGGACGAGCUGAUCGAAGUGAACGCCAGUUUCUCCGAGAAGCUGCAGGACGCGCUAGACAUCGCCAGUGAGCAGGGAGACGAGGAGUACACCACAGUGGACAUUGGCAAGUUGUUCCUGGGAGCAACGGGCAUGCUGCAGGCAUUUCAAACGUACUGCGUUCGACAGGCAAGUGCCUCGCUGAGCCUGAUGACGCAAGAGAAGGAGAAGGAGCUGCUUCGCAUUUUCCUGCGGGUGUCCCAGAUGGAGAACACGCUGCUCCGGAGAAUGAACCUGGCUGCCUUCCUGAUGGCGCCCGUCCAGAGAGUCACCAAGUAUCCCUUGCUGCUGAGCCGGCUGUUCAAGGUGACGCCAUACUUCCAUCAAGACAGAGAAUCUCUGAGGGACGCACAACUGCAAGUACAACUACACCUGGAGAAGAUAAACCAGUUGACUCGGGAGGGUAACCCCACCAAGAUCUGGCGUCGCAUCUCGAGCAUCUCUGUCAACCCUCGGCGAGCGCAGAACAACGUCGGCGUAGGAAGCAUCAAGCUACGAAAGAUGGCGCUGGACCUGCUCAAGUGGAACCGGGACGAGACGCGGUUCGUGCUGGCCGGCCGCCUGCUGGUAGCCGAGCUGCCGGCCAGCGGCAGCAGCGGCAGGGGCGUGCGCUUCGCCGCACUGCACGGUCUUCUGGCCGUGCUGGGCCGACCAAACUCCAACUACCGGCCCGACCUGGCACACGACAACUCGCUCCUCUUCCCGCGAAACACGGGCAUCCGCGACGGUGCCCUGCUGCUCGCCAAGGAGAAGGCUGGAAAGUUCGUCCUGCCCAGGGAGCCCUUGUCUCUUGGAAGCUGCAUCAUCAGCUGUGAUCCUGAGCUAAAAGACUGUUUCGAGAUACAGGAGUACACAUCGAAAGAAGGAUUUCUUUUCAAGGCUGAGAACAGUAUGGAGACGCGGGAGUGGUUGAAGCAGCUCCGGUACCAUGCCAAAGACCUUGGUUCAUGGCGCAGGAGGCGCAACGGCAUGGCCAACAUCAUGAUCAACGGCAUGGACCGCUACUAAGGGAGCAGCGCUUGCUGUAGGCGCUGCCAGUUCCCUGCUGCAUCAGGCUCCAGGGUUCUUGUUCAUAUUUGUGCAAAAAUUGAGGAAGUGUGUGUAAGCCUUCAGUGUGGUGUCAGAAACUGCAAAUGAUGACGUCGGCAACAGCUUGGUGCACCAAUGAAGAGACAGCAAUACCCAAAGUCACUUGUGAGACUGUGGAUGAACUUCCCUCCGAACUGUGUCGGGUGGCGUGUUAUGGUUUAUGUUAUGGGUCCAACAGUGAAACUUUUCUAGACCAGGAGCAUCCUAUGUAUAGCUGCAACUGCAUACUCCAGAGGAGUCACAGUACACGUCUGCGAUGUGAUGAACCUCGCGAGUAGUCCACGGUGUUCAGUGAUGCACAAUGCAGGCAAGCUAUUUUCAUGCAAUCAACAGCAUAGUAUAUAAGUUGUGCUGUUCAACACAUAAAACUGUCUUUGGCGCAAGAAGCAUGAUGGCUCGAAGUCACUGGACGAGACCAGCACCUAAGAAGCUACAGGACCAGUGCGAGUGUGAACUGUUUUGCUGUGGCAACUAAGUCCUAGCUCAUGUCAGAGGUUAUAUUGCAUACAAUACGCAGAAUAAAUCUUAACUAUAGUUGUGAACCGCAGAUAACUAUUCACACAAUCUAUGCUUCAAGGUGUACUAUUCAUGAACCUUCUUGAAAAGCUUAUUUUAUUUUUUGUUCUUCUGCAAUGUAAGAUACUUUCAGAUACAAGUUUAUGUAAGCUAAGUACAUGUAGCACUUAGAAAAUAAAUUUUAAUGAUAAGCAAA